CCUCUCUCAACAUGAAGAAGUUCAUCCGCCGACUCGCCCGAAUAGUAGAAUCGUCCACCCACUACACACCCCUUAGACCCGACUCCCCAACUCCACGAUCACCCACCAAGACCAGAAGAAACCGAAUCGGGUCCCUCGUCAUCCCGAAGGGGCACCUGCCUGUAUACGUAGGAGAAGAGAUGAAGCGGUUCGUGGUCCACGCCGAGUUGCUGAACCGGCCGAUUUUUGUGGAGCUUAUGAAGAUAUCGGCUCAGGAGUAUGGGUACGACCAGAAAGGCGUCUUGAAGAUUCCUUGUCGGGUCUCUGUCUUCGAGCGGAUCUUGGAGGCUUUGAACGGUAGAGAUGGACUCGUGGACGUGAUCUCCGCAGACCUGUUAUCUUACGAGAAGUUUCUCUGAUAGGAUUGGUAUUUUGGGAUUUCACUUUUUUUCUUUAUUAUUUUUUAAUAUUAUACAGGAAUUUGUAAAUAUUCUUGAGGAGGAAAAGAUAAUGUCAAUAUUGUUUAUUCAUUUGUAAAUAUUCAUGGCUAAUUUGUAAAU